AUGCGGUAUUCCCUUGCGACUUUGCCGUCAAUUUUCUGGCUUCUUGCGAGUACUUGCGAGGCCAAGCCCUGGGGUACUUAUAAAUCUCAAGAUGUCGGCCUCGACACCGUGAAUGAGACCCUCUGGCGCCGUGUCCGCGUUCCCGGAGGUACUGGCAACAACGCCCCGCCACCAGCUGACCAAAUCUUUUUAUUCGGGCCUGACAACCUCGCUGGAGGUUGUUCUGGCCAAAAGAGUGAUAUCGAAGCUUGGCUGGCGGAGGUCAGACUGAUUCACAAUGCAGUUGAAACUCUAUACUCAAUGAUUACGAAACCGAGUGUUAGCAAAAUAUGGGAAAACUUCUUUGGCAUUUUUAUGCGACAUAACCCUGAUACAAAUGCAUUCGAAAUAGACCCUGUUUCAAUCCAGAGAUGGCAACAGAUUGGAGACCACAUUGCUCGUGUAAGCGAGUUCCUUGAUGGUAAUGGACUGCGUGAGCCGGUGGUGCCAGGAGAGGUCCCUCGCAUUUUUUGCUCUGGAGACGCAGGCAAAUCUGUUGAAUGGGACUCAAUCGUUAAAGACGAGCAUGGAACUGAGGUCGUGAAAAGUACCGAACCCGUGACAGGAGAGAAGAAAUAUACGACCCUUGGGGAGGCCUACCCAAGCCAAGUCGGCGGGAAUGCUUUUUGGAUGAGCUCAUUCAAUGGUUAUUGGUUUACUGCCUCCAAAGAAGGACAAGAGGUAAACCUGUGUCCAGCCAAUGGCCGGUCUGGUGCAACCGGCCGACCUGAUGUGCCGAUUUUACAAGGUCUGAAUGUCAAACUUGCUAAGGCUAAUAGGGGCAUCAUAAUAUGCCCAAAGGCUUGGACACGGCAAGUUGGUCAACCGCAUGGACAACCUUCUCUCAGCCAGGCAGUCUCGGGGGAUAACUACCCCAAAGGCGAUGGUAGCAAGGGAGAGUUAUUGGACCGCCUGGUUCCUAUGAGCAUGACACUUUAUCAUGAACUGAUACAUCUGACUGACUUUAAUAAGCAAACGGCGAAGCCUGACAUUUAUGAUUUGAACACAAUUCUCCGGAUGACCAUUAGCAUCAAGCAGGCAGACAAGGACGCCAUUCCCCACAACCCGGAGACUUACGUCUUCUUGGGAAUGGCUGCAUACAUCUAUCUGAAUCCUCCUGAGGGCAAACCGGCCAUUUUGUAUAUUAGUGGCAAAUCAGCCACAGAGGAUGCUAUGUGGGCAUCAGUCAAGCGGAAGAGAGAAGAGGGUGCCUGA